AGGCCGUGGGCGCUGGCGAAGAAGGGAAAGCUCCCGCUCCCCCCGGCCGCUGCGCUGCGCUGCGGCGCGCACGGGAUCCACCGGCUGCUAUUCCGGCUGGCGGCGGCCGCUGCAGGAAGGGCCGGUUCCUGCGCUCCCCCCGCCCCUUCCCUCGCCUUCUGCCGACGCUGACGUCGCAUGAGGGAUCUGAAGGGACGCUCAGAUCGCGGCCGGGAGGUUCCAGGGGGCCGGGGCUCCGAGGUUUAAUAUAACAUAUCUUACCAUGCCUUUUCCUUGCCCCUUCUCCCGAAAUCAUCAACAGUAGAAAAAGAAGAAAAAAACAUGUCAGGACACAAAUGUUAUUCCUGGGACUUACGGGAUCGGUAUACUCAAGACAAGUCAGUGGUCAAUAAGAUGCAACAGAAGUAUUGGGAAACAAAGCAGGCCUUUAUUAAAGCCACAGGGAAGAAGGAAGAUGAACAUGUUGUUGCUUCCGAUGCAGAUCUGGAUGCCAAGCUAGAGCUAUUUCACUCAAUUCAGAGAACUUGUUUGGACUUGUCUAAAGCAAUUGUGCUCUAUCAAAAGAGGAUAUGUUUCUUGUCUCAAGAAGAAAAUGAACUGGGAAAAUUUCUCCGAUCCCAAGGCUUCCAAGAUAAAACCAGAGCAGGAAAAAUGAUGCAAGCCACAGGAAAGGCCCUCUGCUUUUCUUCCCAGCAAAGGUUGGCCUUGCGAAAUCCUUUGUGCCGAUUUCACCAGGAAGUGGAGACUUUUCGGCAUCGGGCCAUCUCAGAUACUUGGCUGACAGUGAACCGCAUGGAGCAGUGCCGGACAGAAUACAGAGGGGCAUUACUCUGGAUGAAAGAUGUGUCUCAGGAGCUGGAUCCAGACCUCUACAAGCAAAUGGAGAAGUUCAGGAAGGUAGGAGGUUUUAUGAGGGUUACCGAAAGGGGGUACCUGCUGGAAGGUAAUGAGGUGUGAUUUGAAUCCCUUUGGUGAAGAAGACAACUCAAAAGCACCAAGGAUGCAAUUAAUCAUCACUGAUGUCUUUUUGUGUGACAGAAUACCAAUUAAUGUG